AUGGCCGCAUCUAGCCUGGAGCACUUACUGUGCAGUCAAUGGGAUUCGGUGGUCUGCGAAUGCACCGAACAACAAGAAUCUGUUGAUUUACGACAGGUUGAAGAUCAUAAAUCUUGGGAUGCCGUCCAGAAUCAAUUACAGGAGAUGGGCGGCGAUCAGGGACUCGCUCUACUUUCACGAAGUCUAUUGGAGGUACAAGACUUUGCUAACAUAUGCAUGCAUAAAGCAUCAAUGAACAUCGACUGUUCCAUAAUCUGGGGAUACAUGUGGUUGGUUUUGAAGAUCAUCCACGAGACUAAGACUGGUGCACACGUUUUACCGAUACUGCAGGACAUUACUCAAAAGAUUGGUCUCUUCACCAACUAUGUCGCUGGCACAAGCGCUCUGACCGUAGGAAUGAAAGGAUUUUGUGUCGACAUUGGUGUGGCUCUGCUCCAGUUUCUAUCUCACCUGCUCAAGUUCAUGAGGAACAAUACUGUUCACACGAUACGCGGGCACAUCUCACCCAUCGAAUGGCAACCUCUAGACAAACAGUACUCGUCAUCAUGUCGUCAAGUUCAUGAUGUGAUCAGUUGCAUGGAAAUGCUUCUCAACUUUGCGAGGCGCCCUAAGCCCGCGCGUGAUGUAGGCAACGGUAGAGAAAUCAAUGAUUUGCUGGCACCAAUGAGACGAAGCUUAAUGUGGCAAGAACCGGCAAAGCUACCCUGUAUUAUUCUACCCUCUGCCAGGACCCCAAAACUUUUUGAUCGAACAGAAGUUACCAGAAGUAUUGAAGAGCGGUUCAAGUCUGGUAUCCCCGAACAGUCCUUGCAGUCGCUAGCAAUACAUGGCCUUGGAGGAGUUGGGAAGAGUACCGCAGCUCUAGGGUAUGCUGAAACCAAGCUCCAACAGGGCGAGCUAGAUGCGGUCUUCUGGGUUCAUGGUGAAAAUGAGUCAUCGAUUAAACAAAGCUUUACGGAUAUUGCACUUCGUCUCAAGCUCCCAGAUGCACAGCAAGGCGAUCAUGAUGGAAAUCGUGUUAUGGUCUUGCACUGGCUUCAACGCACCCAAAGUCGUUGGCUUCUCGUGUUCGACAACGCAGAAGUGGCCGAUCUAAUCAGAGAAUAUUGGCCUCUAUCAGGUCGCGGCCAGAUUUUGAUCACUACUCGUAGCUCACCGAUGGCUUACGAACUUACGAAUAAUCUGAUAGAAGUUAGCAAUUGGAACGACGAGAUAGGAUUGAAAUUUUUGCUCCAUCUAUUAUCUAGGGACAUAGCUACAGACCUUGAAGAGAAAGAAACAGCAUCAGCUUCGGAACUGUCAGAGAGACUGAGUGGACAUGCUUUGACAAUAUCCGCAAUGGCUGGCCUUAUCCAUCGCCACGCGUGCUCAAUCACGGAAUUCAUGGCUUUCUAUGAUCGAUAUCCGGGUCAAGUGAGUGGCAUAUCAGCAAACCGCUCAAUCAACGCAGUUUGGGAAUUGUCUUUCAAAUCGCUUGACUCAGAAAGCCGAGUACUCUUGGGAGCUAUGUCUUUCUUAAAGCCUGACAGUAUCCCACAGGAUUUGUUAGAACCGCAAACAACGGAAUAUCUUGACGAAAGUAUCAUAUUUGCCCAAGACAAAUCCAGAUUUUCUAAUGCUGCAGAAAACCUUAUUAACGCUGCCCUUGUGAAACAUGACCGUCACUCGAGGACGUUCUCUAUUCACCGCUUAGUUCAAAAGGCCUUUAGGAUGUUUCUAUCGCCAAUAGAACGGCACGACGCUUUCAAAAAUGCUGCGACAUUGACGUUUAAGGCAUUUCCAGAUCCGCGUCGCGGAGGAACUGCAGGUCCUAUUAGUCUUUAUGACACAUGGGACCAGUGCGCUACGUACUUCCUGCACGUAAUCAGCCUCAAGGAUAGAUUCCGUGAGGAGAUACAUCUGAACCCUCAAUUCACUGCAUUACCACUCUAUUGUAGAUUGAAUAACUCAUGUCAGAGAUACCUCUUAGAGAUAAAUUCUUUGGACGAACUUGGAGAUCUCGUCGACGUCAACACAAUGGCCCUGGACACAUUACCCUCGGAAGGGAGAACGGUGAACCUAUACGGUUCAUUGACGUCACAUCACGGACAGCUACUUAUGCGUUUAGGUCAUCCCCAUGAAGCUGUGAUCUGGCUCAAGAAGUCAUAUGAAAUGCGGAGCCAUGACGUGCCAUGGAAUCCACGAGAAUCAUCUGCCGCUGCGAUCAAUGUCGCUGCCGCUUUAGCGACUUCCAACCACUUCACUGAAUCUCUACGCUGGUAUAAACUCGGCUAUGAGCACUUCAUGGAAUGGUCAUUGAGACAGCAUGAUAACAAAGCCGUAAUGUCUCCCACAAUUAGGAUAGAGAUGGGCCUUUGUCUCUAUUGGCUGAAUGAUGUAGAUGCUGCGAGGGAUCAGCUGAGCCUAGCUCUUACACAUAUAGAGUCUACGACACCAUACAACUGGGCCAGAGCAGCUGGGGCUCACUUCGGCCUCGGAACUGUCGACCGCCGUGAACGCAAAUUUGACACAGCUGAAUGGCACUUCCUAGAAGCGCAGAAUCUAUGGCUAAAAGGAGAUCAGAUGCGCACCCACCCAAUGUAUGCGGCCUGUUCCUAUCGGCUGGGGUGUGUCGCAAUGGAGCAAGGAGAUAUCACUGCUGCGAUCAAGCACCUGCAUGAUGCGAUGAGACAAACCGGAAAAAGCAGUCAUAUUAUGACGGCAGAGCAUAUGAGAGUCCUCUUUAAGCUUGCGGAAGCCCUUGAGCAAGAUCCGAGAAGCACGAGAGAGUCCAUAUCAAUUCGUGAAGAGGCCGAAUGUCUACUGCGCCGACGUGUACCGAAUAUUGAAGAUCCCGGGAGCGAGAAGAUAUAUGACAGUUUUGUGUGUAUCGAGUGGCGCUAA